GUCUGAUCGUGGCUCUAUCCGUCUGCAAAUUAAAUCAGCGGACAAUGCUUGUGUAAUUGAACCAUCAGUAGACGGAGCAUCGUGUUAAAAAACUGAGUGUAAUGAAAUGAUGUAAACAGUUAAAUAGUCUGUUUGGUGAGUCCAACGCUGUCUCCGGUACGUUGCAAAACUCAAGGCUCUUCGACCCGAGUAACAUACAUGGCCAAAGUUUUAUGGACGUUUUCUCUGAAGAAAGCAACCUACUAAGCAGUUACUAUUAAAUUCGGCGAUAACCUCUUCAUUGGACCUCAAAGACAGCGUAGAAGAGGAUUUCAUCACCCUUAAUUUGAUGGUUUACAUUUAAUUCCUGACACAUGUUUGCUAAAGAUUGAUACGAACUAAGACCGUAGCUUGUUCCCCGUGCAGUACUUCAUUUAGAACGUCUUGAACUACGGGAACGGAGUUGCCAUCAAAGAAGAAGUUAUUCUGGUGUAAAAGUAGGGAGCGUUACAUUCACAAAUCUAACGAAAAGCCAUUAUCAGGAACUUUUUGACUACAACGAACUGACGCUGGUUUCAACGAGAAAUAAAGAAGAAUAUUUUGUCUACCAGUUGCUUAACGGCAAAUUGUACUAUAUUCUUGGAUUAAAACAAUUACUACAAUUUCAACCCUUGUUUUAGGUUAAAGAAGUUCUUUGCGAAUGAACAUACUUGAUUAAACGAGUUGUUUAGGGUUUGGAUAAGUUAAAUCAAGUUUGAUUUCUCUCAGAAAGUUGCAUUUUAUCAUCAGCUGAAUAAUUCAUUAAUGCGAGACAGACAAGUAAAGAAGACAGCACAACGAUAAAAAUAAUAAAAUAACUGAAGACAACCUUUCUUGAAGCGACAGUUUUAUCAAUCUCACAACAAAAAUUUUUCGAAUAGAAGUUUUAAGCAGGAAAGUCAAGUUUUUAGAACCAUGUACCCAAUGUCCAACAUGCAUCAUUUGCCAACAAGAGACUUGAGUUCCUGCCGCUACAGUUGCCACAGCUAUGCUCAUACGUUACAAUAUUUUCCAAAUGGGAUGCCUUACGAUCCUCAAGAGGCUCAUGGAAGGCCCCAGGGGAUGCAAGAUGGUGUUGAUUUUGAAUACCCUUCCUACCCUCAAAGAUCUGACAACUAUCAAUCCAUGGAGUAUCAUGAUAACAGUCUCAAAUAUUCAACAACAGCUACGAGCAACUGGAAGAAAGGCUCAUCAGGCAAAAAUGGCCAGCAAAGACGUUGUUGGAACACAGCAAACUUUCAGUGGAUGAAUAUAAAAAGGGAGAGAAAAUCAUCAGGAUCCUCAGAGAAUGGGACAGGAAAUGCUAAAAAGCCAUUGCCUGAUACAACCACUCCGGAUGAAAAAGAUCAGCAAAUCAUUGAAACCGAAACAAAAGACAACAAUGCCGAACAGAAUACGGGGAAUAAGGAAAAGAGUGAUACACAGGGUGAAUCUGCAGGUAAUAAGAAAAGAGUCUGCUUCACACAAAAGCAAAUUGUUGAACUCGAAAAAGAAUUUCAUUUCAACAAAUACCUGACGAGAGCUAGAAGAGUCGAAAUAUCCCAUGCUUUGCGAUUAUCAGAAUCACAAAUUAAGAUUUGGUUUCAAAAUCGAAGAAUGAAAUACAAACGAGAACAAAAGGAAAAAAUGUGCAGGACAGAAAGAGAUAGAGAGUCGCUGGUGACUGUGCCACCAAACCGUUGUCCAGUUUCUUCUUGUGAGUAUGUUGGAUUUAAUUACAACUCUUCUUGGCCUCACACGUGCCAAGAGCAGCCACCGAUUCUACCACCGAUAACACCUCUGCAGACAUUUUAGAUGACCAAAAAAUUUGAGCAAUGAACAGUUCUAAAAGAAACGGUUCAGUGACAUAUUGUAGUGCACUGUGCGCCAAAUCGUUUCAACAACUGUAAUUUGUCACAAAGUGAUUUAAAAAAUCAUUCAAGAGGGUACUCUUAAAGGACUUAUAGGCAACAAAGAAGUCAACAGCAAAUUUUCUGUUGGGCCUCUGGGGUAAAAAAAUAAAAACUUUGAUGAUAUAAUUUGAAAACCAUAGGGAAGGCUCUUAGUUGUGAUGUACAGUGAUAGCUUAGUCAAGUGGCUGGUCAAAGACGUAAUGAAUUGCGUUGGCUUGCAUUUUCCUCGCAUGCUUUUGAUGAGAGCCAUAUCAGAAAAUUUCUCUAAAAAGGAGCAUUUUGUCAUUAACUGGCUCGUCCAAGUAGAACACAUAACGGAAAUAGCAACCUCGAGAAGCAACAAAUUGCAUUUGUAAACUAUUGGGGUUCUGUAAGCUACUUUCUAGUUGGACUUGCUAUAAGUCUGUCACUUUUAACCUGUAAAAUAAAGAGAGAAAAUGAAAAAAAGGAGAGGGUUGGAGAGUGGCCUGUAAAGCCUAUUUCUGUUUUUCUUGCUCUAUUUUACAGAUGUUGCCUUUUCUGGACUAUUCGAAAUACGAACUAAUUAGUUCUUGAAUAUCUAGAUUGCGAGCAGACUGCGAUUGUUUACAGGACAGAUUGUUCUGUAAGUGAAAAGGCCAGGUCCUGGUCUCGUUUUCGUGUUAUGCCACCUGACAGUAAGCAAUUAUAUCAUGUCAGUAGGACAAGAAAGUUACAACUAAGUGGAUUGAUUGGCCAAUUAAGUGAACGUUAACCCAAACGAAACCUGCUUGGAUAGCAGAACAGAUAAGAUCAUAUUGGAUUAGCGUAAUCUAACAUUUUAUCUGUAGCCACGUCACUGACAAUGUCCCUUAAAUUUAAUCCAUUUCUUGAUUCAUCGCUAAAUAACGUUUGCUUUGGGUCACAGUCAAGCAAUAGAUAGCAGUAGUUUUGGUAUUUCCGAUUCAAAAUAUAUCGCCUUUUAAGGGUUUCUGAAGUUUAGAAUUUGUUAUAUAAAUAGAGAUAUAAGACGUAUAGAUAGCAUUUCGUAGCUAAACCGUAGUUCAUAGCUUUCCUACAAUGCAAAAAGCAAAAAAACAGUAAAGCUUGAAAAACGGGAAGGCAAAUGAAUGGACCGCCUACAUGAACAACAUUAAUGGGUUGUUAUGUGGUCUCUAAUCUUUAAACUGGGAUACCUUUUCACUUACAAACGUCUUAAUUAUAGUUCUAACUGCAACAAUUUAAAGCAAUUUCUCAACAUGUUUUAAGGAAUAUAAACCAAGAAGCAUCUCACAUUCAAAGAACGCGAACACUCUAUUUUAGAUUAACUUUUUUAUGCUAAACUGUGUUUUCUGGUUGAUCACUUCUUUUCUUUUAACCACUCAGAAAAGAGCACUAGCCACAAUGCUUGAAUUUGUGGCUGUUUAAUCUACAAAGUUCUUGUUGCACUUUACCAGGAGAGUUUCACUCUAUAUCGUCAAUAGAGUUCUGGACAAUAGUGAAAGAAUAUUCUCUUGCAAUACAUAGAAAUGUUAUGAACAGCUCUAUUAGUUCUUUUCUUGCUUCCAUAUCCUAUUCCGUAUCACGUGCAUUACACUAAGCUAUUAUUAUAAAAGGGUUAGUUCUUCAACCAACUGUUAUAUCCACUCGAAACGUAACUUAUGUUAUUUCAAAUAAUGUUUAUUUUCUUAAGUAAUAUUUCAGAUAAUUGAUAACAAUGUGCAGCAGUUAGAGACAGCCUUUAUGCGAUGAUUAACUCCAUUUUGACUCUUCAAAAUCGCUUCACUUAAAGUUUUGAUUCAACGUCAACUAGAAAGACACUCUUGGAAAUAUUAGAAUGCAAAAGCAAAUUAUCGAGUAGUUAUUUAAACGAUGGAAAGUUCCUGAAACUAGUUAGCUUGUAGAGUUAUAUUUCAGAAAUUAAAUUAAUGAAGUUCAUACUGGGUAAUCCAUUUUGAGAUGUCUGCUUCGAUGAAAAUAGAAAAUUCUUAAAAAAUAAUAAAAGACUGGUUUGUUUGUCAAGUUUAUUUACGAAAUAUUAGAUCUGAUCUGACCUGUAAAUAAGGCGAUGAUCAUUAGUUCAGUAUUUAAUGGUUUUAUGCUUAACUUAUAGAAAACUUUGCAUGGAAGAUAUUUCCAAAACUACGGUCUAUUUUGAAGUAGCAAUGAGAUCUUAAAUGUAGUUCCUAUGAAAGAAGUCUCAUGUUUUGCAAGUACAAAUCUUUUGGUCACUUUAUUGAUGGAUUGCACAAAGAAAAAUUAAAAUUUAUUGGAAUA